CCUCACGGCAAUGGCAAAGCUCCUACGCAGGCUCGUCACCUCGAUUUGGGGCGAUUGCGGCCCCAAGGACCUUUGGCAGCGCAUUCUCAAAGACUUCAUAGCCUGUGUCAUUGCAACCACUAUUGCUAUCCUCCCCCAGAUCCGGAGCUGGUCAUCCUACCUGGCACCAAUGGUCAUUGCCUUCUCACACCCAGGACAACGAAUGGGCGUUGUCAUUGAGAACAUCAUACUGAUCAUUCUCGGCUCGGGCAUAGGCCUAUCGUGGAAUAUACUGGGUUUAUAUCUGGCGAGCUUGGUCUAUGACACCAACAAGGCCGGUGCUUUUACGAUUCGGGCCUUUUUCUAUCUGGCAUGUACUCUACUUCAUGGUUAUCUGAGGUCUUCCAGCCCUCGCUUGUUCCUGUUUGUCUUGGCCCUGAUUCUGCCCGCCGUCACCGUGCUCAAUGUGCCCACCGUGGCCACGCCCACCCUGUACACGACAAUCUAUGUGCCGAUCCUCAUUGGCGCCGGCGUCAUUCUCUUCGUCAACGUCACCAUAUUCCCAGAGUUUUCGGGCAGCUACCUGGGCACUUCUACCAUCAGUGCUCUAUCAGAAGUGGCCGACACGCUUGAACGAGCCACCCACUGGUUUGUCACCCCCGGAGGCGAUCGUGUCGAAUCCAAAGACAUUGGAAGCCUCCUGGGCAUUCCCGUGACUCAAGAUCAGGGCAUCAAACGACAGCAGCCCCAGAGGAAGUACAUUCAGCAGCUCAUUGUUCCCUACUGGCACAAACUACGUGCUGUUCUCCCAAAUCCCUUUCCCUCAGCCAAGUCUAGGGCCGGAGCAGCCAAGCCGCCGCUGCAUGCGACUACACUGGCGUUUCUGACGGAGAGGAAGCCCCCUAUUCGGACGAAGCUGGCCGCAUGCAAAAAGGCUCAGAAUGAGGUCAAUUUCGAGAUUUCCAUCUCACCCCUUGCCCCAGCUGACAUGAAGCCUAUCAGUGUUGAUCUCAUGAGCCGUCUGUCUCAGAGCGUCAUAACACUCAUUGGCGCUUGUGAGAACAAGUUCAUCGUCCUCGAUGAAGAGGACAUGGAAGACAGCGGCUUAUCAACAGAAGAUGACGAUGGCUGGCUAACGCCCAAGUGUUUGACUGCUCUGGAUAUUGCCAACCCAUCCUCCACCGAGACUCCUGUUGGCCACUCCAGCAGGGUCGAUUAUAUCAAGCUGAAUAGGCAGAUUCGGCUGAGCAGCGCCAAGCUCCUAGAGUCAAUUGUCACGCGAAUACGAGCCCCUGUCCAACAAUUCCAGGUCUCUACAAACGAAGCAGUGCUUGUGCUCAUAGCUUGUUUGGCGUAUUGCUACGAUGUUCCCACUCUCCCCUCUGGCGCCCCUACACCUCGAGGCAUCCGAUUGGAGGAGAUUGACCUGCGGAUUGACAUCUUUACCGAUGCCUUAGCAUCGUUUGAUGAUCAAUGCACCGAACAACUGAAGCUGAUCGCCAUGCAAGAGACGGGCAAGUCACUCGACUUCAUGCCGCGUAUGGAAUCCUUUCUCAUCUCGUCGUUCCUUCUGGCCUUCCGCCAGUCUUCGACACACAUCCUCAAAAUGCUUCGUCAUGCUCGCCAGUUGGUAGAACAGAGACAGCGUCGCCAUGAUAAGACACGCAUUUGGAUGCCUCAAUACUCGAGUCUUCGCUGGUGGCUUCGCACCACUGGCGAGCUUGAUUCAAUGGUUCUCCCUGAAGGCGCGAGAAAAGCUGCUCGCCGUGGAGAUUUGGCUGGGGACAACCCGCCGAAGCCUGAAUCGAAAGAUCCUGUCGGCGUUCUUGAUAGUGAAGAGCAGCCGAGGGGGAGAGCAUCUGAUGAAGAAGCAGGCUCUGCAGCUGUCUCUCGGGCCCCGGGGGGUUUGAGAAAGAGAAAUACAAGCCGCCGAAGGCAAAAGCAGGAAAAAGAGAAGCGCCUACAGUCCAGGCGAACUGACGGAGGAAGAGAGUACCCUAACAAUUGGAUCCUGAAGCUUCGAGGAAAAGUGGCAGAUGUUUUCGAAUGGGCUCAAGACUCUGACGAUCUCUUCUACGCUCUGAAGCUGUCUUUUGCCGUAUUCCUUGUAAGCUGGCCAGCAUUUGUACCGUCGUGGAACGCUUGGUAUGCGAGUGUUCACGGUAGCUGGGCGCCACUCCAGUUGAUAUUCAUAUUUGAAGUAGCUAUUGGCACGUCCGUGGUGGCCUUUAUUAUACGGCUUGUCGGGUUAGUCCUCGGUUGCACAGCUGGAUAUGUCUCGUUCGUCAUUGCAGGGGGCAGUAGGGCCAUUACCGUCGUGGUCCUUGCCUUUACACUGUUGCCUGCUGCAUAUUUCCAUGUUGCAACGAAAUACGUCAAGGCUGGUGCGGCAGCCAUUAUCUCGAUGAAUGUCGUUGCCAUAGCUUCUGAGAAUGUCAACACGGAACAGCCACAGCAGGUUUACUAUCAGCGCCUCAUAGCGUUCUUGGUUGGAGGCGUUACAGCGGCGUUCGUCGAAAUCGCGAUUUACCCCGUGCGUGCAAGAGAUCGAUUGGUGGAAUCCUUGUCUGCCUGUGUGCAGCACAUCCAGAGCAUGCAGGGCGCCAUGGCCGUGGGCGUUGAUGGACCCAAAGUUCUCGAUGUCCGCUCUCCAAAGCUGCACCGCAGUUUCGAUCGAUGGCGGGACAAAGCGCAAGCCUCACUUGCAGCAGCCGAGACCUUUUUGCCCUUUUGCGCAUCUGAACCGCGGCUGAAAGGCAGCUUUCAGAAGCUCGAGCCUAUAUAUACCGAGAUCGUGUACGUACUCCAUCAGAUCAUCGAUCGGAUGGACAACGUCGUGCAACUCCGAAGGGCUUAUGGCUCCUCUGUACUGGAGACUCUCAACCCACAAGCUUACAUGUAUCGGCGGAGCAUGGCGGCCAGCUGCACCCUGAUGUUGUUCUCCGUCAAUGAGGCCUUGACAACCCGGCUCCCACUCCCACAAUUCAUUCCCUCAGCUCGUGUAGCGCAUCUUCGGCUUAUUCAUCGGGUCCGGGAGAUUAUCACGUCGCAAGCCUCGACCUCGGCUCCGGUAACGCCAACUGUGAGCCAUGCCAGUCAUUACAGCAGCACGAGCGAGUGGGAUGAUCAGGCGAACGAGAAGAUUGCCCGCUUAAUCACUAAGCACAAUUUUCUCUCUUGGAAUGCCAGCGCUGCUGGCCACAUGGAGAUCAUUGAAUACCUCGAAGAGCUGGUUGAGCUGGUCAAAAUGCUCGUGGGAGUCAAUGCAUUCCGUUCAGGCAUGCUGGAGAAGCCCAACUAUACGCGCUAUGUGCAGAUGAAAGACCCUCGACCAGAAUCCUUGACCACGGCUUACUCACAUGCAUCUGGCAGCUCAUCGACGGCGCACCAAAGCAGUGUUGCCAUACAGGAAGAGCCGGAAGAGAUGCAAGAUAUAUAUGAAGGCGAUGCCGAGGAAGUGCCCAUCAGCUUGCGGAGAGUCAACUCUCGACUUUGGCAAGGCAAUGAGGCUGCCCGAAGGGGUUCGCAGUCGAUUCCCGGCAUGCGAUGA